CCACCACACCCCUUUAUUCCCAUCCGAUCAAAUCCACGUAGUAUUCCUUCUCCCUCUUCAACCACAACUCUUCAACAUCAUCCACAUCUCCUCACAUCUACUUGUCUUCUGGCUUCUCUAGCACUCCUCCUUCCUCCCUUGUAUCAUUAUUCUAUUCACCCUCCUCAGUUACUUAUCUCUCAGUUCUAAAUUGUCCCCUAAGUUGGCGCAUCUUUUUCCGAGUACUCUUUCCCCGGCGAUUAUUUGUUUUCAGAUAUGCUAGAAGGGAAGGCCGUCGUCGGCGAGACCGACAUGCUCCAGGCGAUGCAACAGGAGGCUCUCAAUCUGGCAUCCAAGGCGCUCGACUCCUUCGACAUCACUGAGCCCACCGACAUCGCGCGCUUCAUCAAAACGGAAUUUGACAGGACAUAUGGGGGGGGAUGGCAAUGCAUAGUGGGGACAGAUUUUGGUUCAUUCGUCACCCACUGCUCUGGCUGCUUCAUUUACUUCUGCGUCGGAAGCCUCGCAAUCUUGCUCUUCAGGGGUUCAUCUGGACCAGAGGCCGAGCCUAACCAGUUCAUGACGGCCUUAGAGACUAGUGUUGCCACAGCUUGAUGAUGCGUUCCAUCACUUCUUAGUUUUCAUGAUUUUGAUGUCCAAUCUUACAUAUCCUCCCUUAGUUGGUCAUCUGGUGAAUAUUAAUUAGACAUCUAUGUAAGUAGUUAACAAAUGAAAGCCCAGCAUAACAUUAUUAUCGUUGCUUA